AGCAAAAUACAGAAACAUGUUUAGAGACGAUGUAAAAUCAGUAGUUAUGCGAGAUUUUCUUUUAAGCUUUAUCAACAGGUUGUGAUAGUUAAAAUGAAUAAGUCAAGGAUGUUCUCCAAGACCCUUAUUUGGCUGUCUGUCUUGAUCUUACAAUUUAUAGAACCGCGUGUAUUUGCAAAAGGGAAACUAAAUGUAUUGUACAUUAUAGCUGAUGAUUUGAGACCAACGUUGGGUUGUUACUCUGAUCCAGUUGUGAAGUCACCAAACAUUGAUCUUCUAGCAUCUAAAAGCACGGUGUUCUUCAACGCUUAUGCGCAGCAAGCUGUGUGUGGACCUAGUAGGACCUCUUUUCUAACCAGUCGAAGACCAGACACCACCAAACUGUAUGACUUCAACUCCUACUGGAGAGUUAGUGCAGGAAACUACACCACACUCCCACAGUAUUUUAAAUCGAAUGGGUACAUUACAAUGUCUGUGGGGAAGGUUUUCCAUCCAGGCAUUGCGUCCAAUCACACGGAUGAUUACCCAUACAGCUGGUCUGUACCACCAUAUCAUCCGCCAUCUUUCAGCUAUGAAAAGAGGAAGGUUUGUAAGGACAAAGAUGGCACGCUCCACAGCAACUUGCUUUGCUCUGUAAAUGUGUCUGAGAUGCCUCUGGGUACUCUACCUGACCUGGAGAACACAGCUGAGGCCAUAAGGUUGCUCAAGUCUAUGAAGGAUUUGGGGAAUCCCUUCUUCUUAGCAGUGGGCUUCUAUAAACCUCACAUCCCCUUCAGGAUCCCACAGGAGUACCUCAAGCUCUAUCCCAUUGAGAACAUGACACUUGCGCCAGACCCGGAAGUUCCCAAAAAGCUUCCUGAAGUGGCAUAUAACCCCUGGACUGACAUUCGGAAGAGAGAGGAUGUCCAGGCUCUGAAUAUUAGCUUUCCCUAUGGACCAAUCCCUAAAGACUUCCAGCUGCGUAUCCGACAGCACUAUUUUGCAUCAGUGUCUUAUGUGGAUGCCCAGGUUGGGAAGAUCCUGCAGGCCCUUGAGGACCUGGACUUGGCCAAGCAGACGAUUGUGGUGUUCACCUCAGAUCACGGCUGGGCCUUAGGCGAGCAUGGUGAAUGGGCUAAGUACAGCAACUUUGACGUGGCCACCCGCGUGCCGCUGGUGGUGUACGCACCGGGAAUGACCUGGCCCUUGCAGGAGGACAGGAUGUUCUCAUACGUGGAUGUGUUCAACAGCGCAGCAGAGCAGCCAGCCGAAGCCUACGGGGUGCACGGAAUGGUGGAGCUGGUGGACGUCUUCCCAACAGUGGCCUCCCUGGCGGGGCUGCCCCCCCCUCGCAGAUGCCCUUUCCCCUCCUUCCAGGUCGAGCUUUGCACAGAAGGCUUCAGCCUGGCCUCCCUCCUGGAUCGCCACUUGCGACCGACCAGCCACCACGCCUAUGCCCACAGCCAGUACCCCCGCCCCUCCGACUCCAUCCGGCCCGACUCAGACCUGCCGGCCUUAGCUGACAUCCGGAUCAUGGGCUACUCGUUGCGCUCCAGCGACUAUCGCUACACCUUGUGGGUGGGCUUUGACCCCAAGACCUUCCGGGCCAACAUGACGGACGUGCAUGCGGGCAAUUGCUGGGCACUGUGACCUCUGCCAAGAGAGGCGAAGCCCAACUCGGUCCUCUGGCACUGGGAUAAAGAGCCUUGAGUCCGUGUUUACCCUGGCCCCUAACAUGGGCCUAUAAAGACAGCUGGACUGUAUUAUGAAAUAGUCUGCGACCUAUUACUUUCACAAUCAAAGGGGUUUUGAUCAGAAGGGCUUUCAUGAUUAAGUCGGGGCCCCUUUGGUGCAGCGUCUCUGGGACUGGUGUAGCCUGACAUGGAUCGCAACCUUCCACAAAGGAAAGUUGGUUGGUUCAACAGCUCAGUCAGAGCCCAGCAUUUCUGUUUAUCAGGAAUCUGAUACCUAGCAUCAAAGGAAAACUAAAACUGCAGGGUAAAGUCUCUUCAAUUUACAGUCAUGCUGGAAUGAUGGAACUAUUUGGUUAGGUCUUUGUGCUAUCAGUACCCAUAUUAGUGCUACACAUUUCAUUGACUCUGGUAGGUAU